UUGACGGGCCAGCUUCAGGAAACUCAUUCUGGAUGUUUUCGAACAGUAAAACGCUAAAAGAACAUUUCAAACCAAGCAAAGUCAAAGUGAAACUUUCAGAAAUCGACUGGUUGGGUGCUGCAGAAAAUCACAACCUAGAAAAAUGAGUUUUACAGUGGCUUUGGCAGGUUUAGGUUAGGAUUGCAACAACAGUAAACAUUUCAUACGUUUUUGGUUUAAGCUGAUUUUGAAAAGUGUUUUUCUACCAGUAAAAAGUGCUUGGAAUGGCAGCAGAUGAAACAUUCGAAACGUUUGAGGAAGACGAUGCAGUGGACACAACUGUAGCCCUCAGCACUGCUGGCAGGAAAAGACUCUUCAGCAAGGAGCUGAGAUGCAUGAUGUAUGGAUUUGGUGACGACCAAAACCCUUACACUGAAAGUGUGGACAUCAUUGAAGAUCUGGUGAUUGAAUUUAUCACUGAAAUGACUCAAAAGGCGAUGGAAAUAGGACGCACAGGCCGGGUGCAAGUAGAAGACAUCGUUUUCUUGGUAAGAAAGGACCAGAGGAAAUACGCCAGAGUGAAAGACCUGCUCACAAUGAACGAGGAACUGAAAAGGGCUAGGAAGGCAUUUGAUGAGAUAAAGUUCGCAGGCAAAGAUGCCCACAUCAAUUCGUAAAAGCAAAUUUGACCAAAGUUUAAAGAAGUCACGUCUUUAUUAUCGAUAAAAACAUUGUUUAUUUGCAAGA